AUGUUCUUAACACGUUCAGAAUACGAUAGAGGAGUAAACACAUUCUCUCCAGAAGGCAGACUAUUUCAGGUGGAAUAUGCUAUUGAAGCAAUUAAAUUGGGUUCCACGGCCAUUGGCAUUUGUACACCUGAAGGAGUAGUAUUAGGUGUAGAAAAACGAAUCACUUCACCACUAAUGAUAACUAGCAAGAUAGAAAAGAUCUUUGAAGUUGACAAGCACAUUGGUUGCGCAGUUAGUGGGCUGAUUGCAGACUCUCGUACAAUGGUUGAAAGGGCUAGAGCUGAGUCACAAAACCAUUGGUUUACAUACAACGAACAAAUGAGUGUUGAAUCUGUUGCACAAGCUGUAUCUAAUCUAGCCAUACAAUUCAGUGGAGAUUAUGAUAGCAAAGAACCAGCAAUGAGUCGUCCAUUUGGUGUUGCAAUUAUGUUUGCAGGUAUUGAUAAUAAUGGUCCACAACUAUUUCAUUUGGAUCCAUCGGGUACAUAUGUCCAGUAUAAUGCUAAAGCUAUCGGAUCAGGUAGUGAAGGUGCCCAACAAACAUUGCAAGAAAAAUAUCACAAAUCUAUGGGAUUAAAUGAAGCUAUUAAUGUUAUUCUCAACAUACUGAAACAAGUUAUGGAAGAUAAACUCAGUCCUACUAAUAUUGAGAUUGUUACUGUGACACCUGAUAAACUGUACCACAUGUUGGAUAAAGAUGAACUUCAAGAGGUGUUUGAUAAGCUUGUACCUUUCCCAGAGGAAACCAAGGCUAGUUCAUCAGCUGCUGUUUCUGGAACUGUCGCCUAA